CGCGGAGGGUGCUGGAGGGAUCCGGGUAAAGAGGGAAGGAUGUGAGGGGGUCGGUCUGGGAAAGGGCUCUGCACAAAACAACACUGUACACGCCAAAAGAAAGGCGGCCAGGCGAGCCCCCUUCCUCGCUGAAGCUUCUAGAACCAGAGCACUGAUGAAGGCGUGGCCCAGGCACAGCCCGCCCCCUCCUCUCCCGGCGGAUGUUGUGGGCAUUACCGGAAGUCGCGGGGCGGGGAGGAGCCUGCGGCGGCGAGGUGUGGUCGAUAUGGCGACCGAGGGGGAUGUGGAGCUGGAGCUGGAGACCGAGACCAGCGGCCCGGAGCGGCCCCCCGAGAAGCCACGGAAGCAUGACAGUGGUGCGGCGGACCUGGAGAGAGUGACCGACUAUGCGGAGGAGAAGGAGAUCCAGAGCUCCAACCUGGAGACGGCCAUGUCCGUGAUUGGAGACAGACGUUCCCGGGAGCAGAAAGCCAAACAAGAGCGGGAGAAGGAACUGGCAAAAGUCACCAUCAAGAAGGAAGACCUGGAGCUGAUAAUGACAGAGAUGGAGAUCUCAAGAGCAGCCGCAGAGCGGAGCUUGAGGGAACACAUGGGCAACGUGGUAGAAGCUCUUAUUGCCCUGACCAACUGAUUUGUGCUUUCUCAGACCUAUCCACUGGAUUAACUUAUUGCAAUAAAGAUGCCUCCUUUUUUGUGCAGUUUUAUCAUUUUGGAUCGAACGUAUAUUGUAUUUUACUGUGGGAAAUUUACAUGCUGGAGUAUAACUGAAUUUGAUGCCCCCCCCACUCUCCCUUCAUGAAUCUACGUGAAGGAUCAUUGUAGAAAAGUCUCAUGUUCACAUGUAAAUGCCGGAUGGCAGGACAGCUCAUUCAUCAGACUAGCUCUUAUUUUUUUAAAUUUUUAAUUGAUUUUAGAGAAGGGAGGGGGAGAGAAACAUCUUCCUGUACGAACCCACAAUCAGGAUAUGUGCCCUGAAUGGGAACUGAACCCAAGACCUUUGGGAAGACACUUCAACUAACUGCAGCUAUAAACACAUUCCCAAAAGGAUUUCAAACUCAUUCUCAUUUUGGCUGUAGGAUAAUUCUAAGAUUGUAUUCCUCUCUGGCACACAGUGACUUACAUUCAUAUAUAUAUUUU